AUGGCAGGAUUCAGCGAUGCGCCCUUCGCCGAGAUCCUCGCCGUGCCCGCCGUCUGCGUGCUGACCGCCUUCCUCAGCUACUUCUCGCAGUUCGUCUUCAACACCACGGCGCUCGACCCGGGCCCGCUGUCCCGCAACGAGAGCGUCGUCUUCAACACGCUGCUGCUGUGUCUCUGGUUCAGCUACUUCCGCGCCGUCACCAUCGAUCCCGGCCGCUUCGUCUUCGAGGAGCAGGUGCUCGACGCCGACGGGCGGUGGUGCAAGAAGUGCCAGGCGCCGAAGCCCCCUCGCGCGCACCACUGCCGGCACUGCAAGCGAUGCAUCCCCAAGAUGGACCACCACUGCCCCUGGACGCGCAACUGCGUGUCCAUGACGACGUUUCCGCACUUUCUGCGCUUCCUUCUCUACGCAAACGUGUCGCUGUGGAUGCUGGGAUACUUCUUCUGGCAGCGCUUCUACGCCCUGUGGGAGACCCGGCACAUGCCCGCGCACCUCGGCCCCUCGCUCUUCGCGCUGAUAUCGCUCGCCAUGACGUCCAUCAUCUGGGGCGUCACGACGCUUGCGCUGGGCCUGAUGCUCCUCACCACGCUGCAGGGCUGGGUCCUCAAUCGGACCACGAUCGAGGACAUGGAAGUCGACCGGCACGAGUCCAACAUCCGCAACGGCAGCCGCGAGUGGUGGGACGUGACGGGGCCCGACGGCGAGAAGCUGCAGUUUGAGGAAAUCGAGUUCCCCUACGACGUCGGCUUCUUCGCAAACAUGGCCCAGGCCAUGGGCACCGCCAACCCGCUGCUGUGGCUGCUGCCCCUCGCCGGCAACCCCCGCCUCAGCAAGACCGGCACCGGCCCCGGCUGGACGUGGGACGAAAACGGCUUCAACCGCAAGUUCGGCAUGUGGCCGCCUCCAGACCCCGAGAAGCUCCGUCGCGCCGGCAGGGACUGGGAGUUGUCGCGGCGCAACUAUGAUACGGAGCUACAGGAUGCUGGGCUGAGUCCUGAGGAGCAGGUCGAGGCGUUCAGGAGGCGUCAGGAAGAAGACUUGAAGAGGAGAAACAGACUAAUGGCAGAGCUGGAAGAGAUAGAUGAGUACGGCUCAGACGGGGAUCAUGGUAGUGACAAGGGAAGCUAUCGGAACGGCUGGGUCAACAGAGACGGAGAGCGUCUGCGAGACUAUGGCGUUGAUGAAGACACAGAACAGCAUGACGAAGACGUCCCCAUUGCAGAGCUGCUACGACGCAGAAAGGGGGCAGCAUCAUACAAGGAUGAAUAA